AAAGGCAUGCUGAACUACUUAUGGAGAUUAAAGACCUUGAGAGAAAGCUUAUUCAGUCUGAAAACCAAGUCAAAGCCCUGAGUGAAGAAGCAAGUAAGAAGGAAAAUGAUUACAGGAAUUAUAAUGAGGAUUUUACUAAGAAAAUAAAAUGUCUGGAGAAUGACAUCAAAACUGCAACUGAAUAUCUACUUAAAAAAGAACAAGAACUAAAGAUAAGCAGGAUAACCUUGGAAGAAACCCGGAGAGCAAGAGAAGAGGAGUAUACAAAAUACAAAGAACUGAGGAAAUCAUUUUUACAAAAGAAAGAUGAAGAGCUACGAGUCAAAAGAGCUAUUCAGCAGUCAAUCAAAACUACUGGGAAGCUCAAGGAGGACAAGCUGGAGCUGAGGAACGAAUUGCGGAUCAAGCGUGAUGCUGCGAUUGACCAACUGAAAAAUCAUACAGAGAGUAUGAAGCUGCUAGAACGAGACAUCUACGAGAUCAACAGGAAACUUGACAUCGUGAACACUGAGAACUGCAGAUUCAAAUUACGCAAUGCGCAGAUAAAAGAAGAUAUUCUUGCAAUGAGUUCCGAAGCAGAAAACCACAAGUCAGCAACAGUCAAAAUGCUGAAUGACCUAACAGUGCUUCAUGAUCAUCUUCUGAAGGGAUGGUCAGAGGAGAGCUGUAUUCAAAAGGAAUUUCUGGAGAAUGAGCAGGAAAUACUGAAUGAAGUGACAGCUCUAACAACAAAAAUUCUACAACGAGAGGAAAAGAUUGGUGAUAUUAAUGGCAGGCUACAAAAUAAGCUGGAAGAACUGGAUUCUCUGAUUGUCAAGAAAUCUAGAAUGGAUGCUCACUGUUUUGCUGAAGGCUAAAGUACUGGACCCCAGCAGGAAGUCAUUCCAGCAGCUUUCAUUAUUGCAGUGGUGAUAUUGUAUGAAGUUCCUUUCUCUGCUGCUAAACUCUGCUGCUGUCUGAUCACUGCUGUUGCUGUAGUAUGGGUACAGCAAGAAGCAAAAGUUGAGCUGUUGGCACCACCAACAAAGGGAUGAAACUGGCAUGAAGCACUCAGAAGAGGAAGCUAAGGUGGCUGUGCUGAAAGGCACAGAGAAGGCUUCACCCAUACAUAGCUAACAGAUGCUUCACAGGUUUACUGGCAGCAAGCGGCUUGCUGACAAAAGGUGUAGGCUGUCGGAAGAAGGAAAUCUUUAAUCUGAUCUUAAAUGGAAAAUUACAGUCAAGGUAUAAGAAAAUUAAUUUCAUGGGAGGGCUACUACUGUUUAAUCAUCGCCAGGAAGAGGCAUUGCGUGUAAAAGGGCAAAGCGGUUUUGGCAGAAGAUAAACGCCCUUGCGUUCUGACAUGAUGAAUUGAAGCGACUGUUGAAAGAGGCCCAAGAAAAUGGACAAAGAACUCUGAUUACUGUCCAUCAUGAUGUUGAAGAAAUACACCAAGUACUGGAAAGAGUCAAGAGAGACGGGGGACAUGAACCGUGGGACACUCUUCUUGGAUGGUCGCCGACGGCUACAGGACUUUUUAACAAGAUGCUCCAUCCUGUUGUUGUUUUACUAGUACUCACCGUAUUGUGCUUUGUAUUGACAAUCGUUUUGUGUGUUAGACUUUAGAUUAUGAUGAAAAGCUUAACUCACUUGAUCACUCCACAAGAUGUAUUUGCACUUGAUAUCCCUCACCACACGAGGACAUGUGAUAUUCCCUAUCAUCAGUAUUGCGUAUCGUGGAGCUUGAGUGACUGUAGUCACGGGGCGGAUUAUGUGGAAUAAUUACUAAAUUGGCCAAGAAUACAAAAGUACCGCAUUGUUCACACAUUAAGGAAAGUCAUAAAAUCAAGAGGCUUCUGAGGUAGAAUACAGCUGAAGCUGACACAUGAAGAAUGCAGCAUCUGCGAUUCCCUGGACAAGGUUGUUUGCGAAACUACACGAGGGAUGGAACAGAACGCGAUUGUUCCGUGGCCUUCCCUUGUGACGAAUAGCAGAUAUGGGAGCGAGAUGGUACUACGGAACAGAUAAGCUGCCUACUUGCUUACUACGAAACAGAUAAGCAGCCUACACGCUACCUGAGCCAACAUUUUGUCAAAUUUUCAUGAAAUGUUGUCCUUUGUGGGAACUUUGCUCAUUACAACGUACCAAAACACACCUCCAUCCCAGAAGCUACCCACCCCCAAGGUGUGACCACUCCUCCUUGAGUACACCAAUCAUAAUAAAAGUAUUUAUGACUAAAGUCACUCAAACUCCACUUUGAAGAUAAAAAAAUAGUAUAAAAAUAGCCCGAAAGAGGGGGGAUAUCAGGGAAGACACUGUCCCAAACAAGUCGAGAACUCCAUCACUGACUUCCAGGACCAGCUGACGGGCUGAGCCUUUCUUCCCCACCAUAGGGACACCUUGGGUAAGACUUAGGUUAUACCGAGAGUUUCCUCGGGGAACUUAGAAAUUUCUCUAGAGAAUCUCUCUCCUACGUUUAUAGCCAGGCUGUGUUGUUUAUAACUUUGUCAUGCUUUUGUAUACUUAACAAUAUCUUUAUUUGCACACACUUUGCAGACAGUGUAUUUAUCACUGGCAAUCCUAAG